CGUCACCCGGCGGGCUUUAGGACCCGCGGGGCGACUCGUGACGUAGCACCACAACAAGGAAGUCGGAGCUCACGUUGCCGGCGAUGGCUCAGCAGGCGUCGGCGGGGCGGCGCUACCUGCGGGCAUUCGUCAGUGGCUUCUUCGUCGCUGUUCCCGUCACGGUCACCGUCCUCGAUCGAUUCGCCUAUGUGGCACGAGUGGAGGGAGCAUCAAUGCAGCCGUUCCUGAAUCCGGAGGGGGGAUCGGAGUGUGACGUCGUCCUCCUGAACCGCUGGAGUGUGAGGAACUAUCAGGUCCAACGAGGCGACAUCGUCUCUGUCAUGUCCCCCAGGAAUCCCCAGCAGAAGAUCAUCAAGCGGGUCAUUGGCUUAGAGGGAGACUUCAUCAGGACUCUAGGCUACAAGAACCGGUACGUUCGAAUUCCUGACGGUCACUUCUGGAUUGAGGGGGAUCAUCAUGGACACAGUCUGGAUAGCAACAGCUUCGGACCGGUGUCAGUGGGGUUGCUUCAUGGUCGGGCCUCCCACAUCAUCUGGCCGCCCAGUCGUUGGCAGCAAAUCAAACCGUCCCUCCCUCCGAACCGAGGACCUCUGGACACUGAGGAAGAAGAGGGAUGAAGAUACACAACACACACAAACACACACAGUUUUAUACCUCUCAUAAAGUCAUCUGUCAUAGCAAGACAGAUCUGUGUCCAAAUGUACAAAUACAUUCUUACACACAUAUUGUUUCACUGUUUUUUACUAUUUCUUUAAUGGAUUUUGUUUGUUUGAGUCCAGUCAUGUGACCACAAACAUGAACAAUCCUCUUUCAAGAUCAGACCAGAAAACAGGGAUUCUAACCUGAGAUGUUUACAGAUUUAUGAGCCAAAAUCCUGACCUAGAGCUGAAACAACCUGUUAAUUAAUUGAUUGACAGAAAACAAAAAUGCCAAAUAUUCUGUCUCCGGCUGCCUAAAUGUGAUGAUUUGGUUCUUUUCUCUGUUUUAUGUCACAGAAAAUGGAAUAUGUUUUGUGUUUUCUGACUUGGCUGGAUAAAAUAAGAGAUUUAAAGACAAAAACCUUGGGUAUUUUAUUAUUAUUGACAAAAAUAGUCACAAAUAAAUUGGCAGUUUAAUCAAUAUCAAUAUCAUUAUCAGUUGCCACCUGAUUCUGACCUCAUCUUCAUUUCUUUAAUUAGUUCAUAUUCUAAAAUAAAUAAGGAUCUACUAUAGAUCUUGAUAUUAGAAUUUAAA